UGGGAUCUCUAAUUCUCUUAGCGAAUCCGGACCGUCCGCCUCCAACUCGGAAGGGCUUCGGCGGCUGGGGCGGCGAGGCACGCAGGCGGCGGGCGGGAUGAGCGCGGCGCGUGGCGGAGCGGUGCGGUCGCUGCGGGUGCCCGGCCGCCACGGCUAUGCCGCCGAGUUUUCCCCGUACUUGCCGGGCCGCCUGGCCUGCGCCACCGCGCAGCACUACGGCAUCGCGGGCUGUGGAACCCUGCUAAUACUGGAUCAAAAUGAAUCUGGACUUAGGCUUUUUAGAAGCUUUGACUGGAACGAUGGUUUGUUUGACGUGACCUGGAGUGAGAACAAUGAGCACAUCCUGGUCACCUGUAGUGGUGAUGGCUCGUUACAGCUCUGGGACACCGCCAGAGCCGCAGGGCCACUGCAGGUCUACAAGGAGCACACUCAGGAGGUGUACAGUGUUGACUGGAGUCAAACCAGAUGUGAACAGCUUGUGGUGUCUGGCUCAUGGGAUCAAACUAUCAAACUGUGGGAUCCAACUGUUGGAAAGUCUCUGUGCACCUUUAGAGGCCAUGAAAGUGUCAUUUAUAGCACGAUCUGGUCGCCCCACAUCCCUGGUUGCUUUGCUUCAGCCUCAGGCGAUCAGACUUUGAGAAUUUGGGAUGUGAAGACAACAGGAGUCAGAACUGUGGUUGCAGCACAUCAGGCAGAAAUUCUGAGUUGUGACUGGUGUAAAUACAAUGAGAAUUUGCUAGUGACAGGGGCAGUUGAUUGUAGUUUGAGAGGCUGGGACUUGAGGAAUGUACGACAACCAGUAUUUGAACUUCUUGGUCACACCUAUGCUAUUAGGAGAGUGAAAUUUUCACCAUUUCAUGCUUCUGUGUUGGCCUCUUGCUCCUAUGAUUUUACUGUAAGAUUCUGGAACUUUUCAAAGCCUGACCCUCUUCUUGAAACAGUGGAACAUCAUACAGAAUUUACUUGCGGUUUAGAUUUAAGUCUUCAGAGUCCUACUCAGGUGGCUGACUGUGCUUGGGAUGAAACAAUAAAGAUAUAUGAUCCUAUUUGUCUUACCAUGCCUGCUUGAGAUAAACUACUCCAUUCAGAAACAAAGGAUAUGACUGAAGAACUGCUUAGCAGGAAAUAAAUGAUUGAUAACAUAGA